GAGUGGCCGUGGUGGUAAGUCCGGUGGAGGGGCAUCGGCUCACCUACCUGCCGGUCGAGAGCUCAGUCGGUGUUCGCUAGGUUGAAAAUCCAUCGUUUCUUCCGUUCGUCUUGCACGUGACUUCUUAGCGUUUCAUUAAAAAGGCGCGAAAAAAAUUAGAAACGAAGGUCUGAAACAUCCGGGAACAUACAACAUUGAUGGAUAAUUUUUAACCAACGAUUAAUGAAAAUAUUUGUUAACUGAUCCUUUUUAAAUUGAUGGUGAGCACUGUAUUCCGGCACUCGAUUUGUUGGGAAAACGUUCAAUCACGCUUUUCGCGUGCGGACACAAUAGCAGUGCAUGUGAGUGCGCGUUCUCACACACGCACGAUUUCACAAGUGUAAUAAAGACGUGUUGUGUGUGCAUGUGUGUAUGCAUGGUGUGUUUAUUACCUGUAGUGAUCUGUGUUGACUGUGUCAAUAGACAACAACGUCAAUUUUAAGUUGCAUUGAAUUCAUCGGCGACUGCCGUUUGUUAUUAUCAGCCACUUUGUAAGCAUGCCUAGGUUGGACAACAGUGGACAGCGGUUUUAGCUGAUACUUACCGGUGUACGCGACACAUACACGCACGGAACGAUCUCAAGUACCAACAUGGCGAGGACAACAGUCACGUGGUUCUGCUGUUUAUUAUGCAUGUGUUUGUGCCUUCAUAGUGUUGCCUCGAAAGCUGGUUUAUGUGAGGUGGAGUCGGGUCAGUCCAAUAUCAUUCUUGAUAUCGAGGAAAGCAGAGGAAAUGCAAUCGAUCAAAAAACUGUACCUGAGGAACUGCCGGUAUCUGGCGAUCCAUACAAUGAAACUACGUUGGAUCUCAUUUUUCCUGGUAGACAGCCUCGAUUCAAGUUGGUUGGCAAGAAGCUGCAACUUUUGGAGCCACUGGACAGGGAUGAUGAAAAUCUCUCGCAUGUUGUUUUUCAGCUAAGUUGUACCGUGAAGCAGACUAACAAGAAGCGGACAAUACCAGUGAUUGUCCGAGUAUCAGAUAUAAACGAUAAUGCACCAAUAUUCAUCAACACACCAUAUGAAACUACAGUGCCAGAGCUCACACCGGUUGGUUCUACUAUUUUCAAGAAUAUCGAUGCUAAGGAUGCUGACGUCGGUGUAAAUGGCAUUGUCGAGUAUUCUAUUGCUCCUGGUGACGGGACAGGGAUUGGCAACAAUGACGGAGUAGGUCGAAAUAGAAUUACAACUGCAGAUGGGUACGGUUACUUCAGCAUCAACUUACCUCAUCAAGGCCAAGUUACUGUUAACCGUACCCUCGACUUCGAGAAAACGCAGCGAUACCUCGUCACCAUUUUGGCUUCGGAUCGAGCCAGGAACCUACCUGACCGAUUUACAUCCACUACCACGCUAACAGUAAAUAUCAGAGACGAUGAUGAUCAGGAUCCUUCUUUCAUAUACCAGGGCUGUAUGCUUCUGGAUGGCGCAUGCAUUAAUCCAGAAUAUUCAGCUUCGGUAUCGAGUGGAGUGUUAUCCGGUAUACUUAAUAUAUCGCCGGAGAAAAUACAAGCUGUUGAUAUGGACAGUAUCAACGCACCCAUUCAUUAUUCAUUCCUGAGCGGUAACCCAACGAAUUACCGUGAUUUCUUCGAAAUCAACCCAAACACCGGCGCAGUCAAACAAAUUAAAGCAGUGGACACAAGUGUAACGAAGAAGUUUGAUAUUAUUAUUAAGGCCGUUGAAGUAUCCGAAGCGAAACGAUCAGCUACAGCAAAAUUGACUAUUACCGUGAAACCAGUCGACAGCAAUCCUCCAAUUAUAACAGCAUCGAAUGUGGAAGGUUUCGUUGAUGAGAACGCUCCGAUAGGAACAAAGGUUAUCGAUGAAAAUAACGAGCCCAUAGUACUCACCGUUUCAGAUGCUGAUUUGGGCCCUGAAGAUCCGAAGCCAUCGUACUCAUUCGAAUUAACAACCAAUUUCUUCGCAAUCGACUCCUCCGGAAUAUUGGUUGUGAACGAGGAGAAUUUAGACCGAGAUCCGCCGAGUCCUGGUCGCUUUCGGUUUCAAGUGGUUGCCAGAGAAAAAACAGGCGUCGCAGCUUCCGCACCUUUAUCGUUCGUAGUAACUUUGAACGACGUUAAUGACAAUGCUCCCAUGCUUCCUAUGACGGCGCCUAUCACUGUUCAAGCUGGAGAAACAAAACGAUUGGUCACGAAAGUUGAAGCAACAGAUAACGACAAAGGGGAGAAUGCUGAAAUAACGUACAGUAUUUAUCAUGUUUCGAACAACGGUCUACACAAAUUUAAAAUCGAUCCAGAGACUGGUGUGAUCGAAUCAGUAAGAAAACUGAAUGCAGGAGAACAGUACAGUAUUACAGUGCAAGCCACGGACAAGGGUGGAAAAUAUUCUCAAACCAUCGUCGAGGUGAAUGUAAUCCCCGGUCCCAAUACCAAAAGUCCCGUAUUUCAACAAUCAGUGUACGAGGUCCAGGUUAGCGAAGGAGCUUCGAUCAAUUCAACAGUUGCUACAAUUACCGCAGUUGAUCCAGAAAACGAUCCUGUAUCGUAUUCCAUCGUUUCUGGGAAUGACCUUCGUCAAUUCGCGAUCGGCGACAAAUCGGGAGUGAUUACUGUUAAAAGGAAUUUGGAUAGAGAAGAUUUAACUCGUUACCAACUGCUGAUAAAAGCUGAGGAUUCCGGUGGCCUGUUCAGCUCCGCCACGGUGAACAUUAAAGUGACAGACAUCAACGAUAAAAAUCCAGAAUUUGUGGAUCUACCUUACGAGUUCACUGUAAAAGAGGGAGAAGCUCGGAAAUUGAUUGGCCGUGUGCACGCUGAAGACGCCGAUGAAGGCAUUAAUGCUGAGAUUACAUAUUUCGCACCAGACGAUAUUCCUUUCACUGUGGAUCCCGAAACCGGAGACAUUCUGACGAAAAUUGUUUUAGACUACGAACAAAAUGAUGAAUAUAAAUUUGUUGUCACUGCGAGAGACGGAGCUCCAGAUUCUCGUCUGGCCACCGCCACUGUGACGGUGAAAGUUAUAGAUGUAGAAGAUGAAGUUCCUAUUUUUCGUCAAAGCAGCUACGAAGCUCGAGUUAAAGAAAAUGUACUCGAUUACACGGUCACACAGGUGAUGGCCGAUGAUCCGGAUACAAAGAAGCAAAUUACAUACACGAUUAAACAAGGGGAUACUGAACUCUUCAGCAUAGACCCAAAGACUGGAGUGAUAAAAACUAUUAGAGGUUUAGAUUAUGAGAGGGAGAACCAACACAUUCUCAUAAUUGGUACUGAAGAAAACACCAGUGACUUGCCAGGCUCUACAACUAGAAUUGUGGUCAAUGUUCAGGACGUUAAUGACAUUCCACCGGUGUUCACGUCAGUUCCUCGUCCGAUUACGUUAGAUGAUGACGUACCUAUCGGUACGACGGUUAUUAAUUUGACAGCAACAGAUUCUGAUGGCACUGCUCCCGGAAAUCAAGUGAGAUAUGAAAUCAUUGGUCGUGGAAUAACGAACAAGUAUUUCGUAAUUGAUCCGGAUACUGGCAUAUUGAGAGUAAGGGAUGAUUUGCGUAAAGAGACUGACACCGAGUAUCAGGUCGACAUACGUGCAUAUGAUAUGGGAGAGCCGCAAUUAUCAUCCGUCACAACAGUGCCAAUUUACGUGCGUCACGUUGCAACGGUACCUCCAGAAAUCGGUUUAGGAUUUGCAGAGAACUCGUACAACGUUGAAGUUCCCGAGGACGCUGGCGAUAACACACUCAUCAAGAUAAUCACAAUCAUUAAUAGCCACGCUCAUGACCCCACGCCGUUGAAAUGCGAAAUCUACAGUGGCAACGAAAAUGGAUUGUUUGAGGCAAACGUCACCGAGGAACGGAAUUGUGCGUUAAAGUUGAAGAAAGCAACUUUGGACUAUGAAACGACGGAAUACUACCAAAUCAAAAUCAGGCUUGAGUCUUUAUCGGGUCUGUUGAAUUCUGGCAGGAACACAACAAUGGUAAAAGUUCAAGUCCUCGAUGUGAAUGACAAUAAACCAGAGUUCACUUUCCUAGACAGCAAUAAAAUAUUAACCAGGGGACGUUAUUUUGCUGCAAUACCGCUUAGUGCACAGUUUGCAUCUACGGUAAUACAAGUGAAGGCGAAUGAUAAAGAUAACGGGAAGUACGGGAAGCUUGAGUACAAAAUACUUGGCGGUCGAGGAUCGAAUUACUUCGCCAUGGAUAGUUCUUCCGGAAUAAUUAGAACGACGGCAACGUUCGAUAACGUGGAUUCAAUGGAGCUUCCGUUUAAAUUCGACGUCCGCGUCCGAGACAAUCCCAAUUCCACCGAUAAUUUUAAUUCAAUCGUCGCUCCAGUUAUAGUGAAUCUAAUUGGCGAGGAGAAUUUAAUGAUUCUGGUUGUCCAAGAAGCAACUCCCGAUGUUUUGCAAAAAGAAGCUGAUAAGAUCUCUGGUAUCAUCGAAGAGAAUAGUGGUCUUCUGAUAGGCAUUGAUAGAGUCGCGGUGAGGAAGAAUUUAACAAAGAAUGGGACAAUCGAAAUGUAUCCUCAAGAUUCCGAUGUCUGGUUUUAUGCAAUUGAUCCGGAUACCGAGGUUAUUUUAAACAGAAAUAGCACACGAAUACAGAGAUCAAUUACAGAAAAACCAGCAAUGUCAAAUAUUACUUACGAUGUAUCCACGCGGGUUCGAGUGAACGCGAUCGACAUCCACGCUCCAGUAAUGCCACCUGAGUUGGUGCGCACGCAAAAAACAGCCAUUGCAUUUAGCGGCGAAGUUUUCCCGUAUGCAUUGAUAAUCAUCGCAUGUGUUAUAUUGAUUCUGGGUAUUGCUGGUAUUAUCUACAUAUGCAUCUCCUGGUCCAGAUACAAGGCGUACAAGGAACGAAUGCAGCGUAUGUACGUGGUACCCCGUUAUGACCCUGUGUACGUAGAACCUAAUUUGAAGGAAUAUGAGACGCAGGUGCUUCAAAUGAGCGUCCCUAUAGACGAUAGCGACAGCUAUAACGAUCUACAACUUGAUUUCAGUAACAAAAAUCACGCGUUUAGCUUGGACAAUGUGAGUUACAUUACCAAAGAUCACGGAGAAAGCACAGGUCAACAGAGCCCGGUGAGUUCUGAAGCAGCAACCACGGCACGUGCUUCGAGCAUAGUUGGGACGCACGGAGACACGAACAUCCAUUCUUUGCGACGAUCUACCCUGGGCAGAAAGAAUCACAGUGCUAGUAAUACAAAUACAUUAAAUAAUCACGAUACCACGCCAGUCUUGAACCCCCUCUACAGUCGUGGCGGUGAUCUGCUCAGCCCAAGUCCGUCAAACGACAACGUGACGUUCAGAGAAAGAAAGGAUUACUCUCAUCUGGGAUUUACGUACUUGGGUGAACAAAGUCCAGUGGAGACUACCACGGAAUUGUAGAUGAAACCGCGUUAAUUACGAAAACCGAGUUCGUGUUCGAUGCGCAACUCAACGCUCUUGGCAAGUCUCUUAUGCCAACUCGUAUUGUACCAUAAAAAAAGACCUUUAAUGGCACAUAAUAUUAACAUAAUAUUAACAAUCACUCGAAUUAUAAAAGGCGAUUCUCGCAAUUCGUAUGGAUUUUAUCUCGGUCAUACCUCGAGAACGGUAAGUAAUACAAAAUAUUGUAGUUGUAGAGAAAGAAGUUAAAUGAUAUGAGGGCAUCUACUUUUUUAGGUUUACCUUUUUCUAUAGAUUCAACGAUACACUUGGAAAAUGCAAAUGCACUUUCUUUUAAUCGGAUCAUAUACCUUUUUUGGUAUUGAUCGAUUAGUUACAACAAAUUACGUAAAAACUGUUAGAGUAUAGUGUAAGAAAAAUUAACACUUCGUGAGAUAUUUCAAAUUUUUUAUGAGGUUUAUUAACCCUUUGAGUGCUGAAUACUUCCAGCCGAAGAUCGACAAAUUAUGUUAAUUCAUACAAUGUGUGAAUAGGUUGUAAUUCUAAUUCGUUAGUUGCUUCAAAUUGAAUAAUAGUAAGAAACGUGUAUAUUAAUAUGGUACACUUAUAAUUGUCACAGCGGAACGUCUGAAAAUGCAUACAUGUGACCAUAGCACUCAAAGGGUUAAAGAAGAUAUACAAAUGAUCCACCUUUACACUGCAAAUAUUUUAUAAUUCCUUUGUGUAUAUUUUACAUGACAAGUUCAAGGUGGUCAUUGUUUGUAUUAAAGUAAUAUAGUCUACCAUCCGUUGCACGGAACCUGGCACUCUCGUUUGAGUGGUCAGACUCGAAAGCCACACAUCUUGCCCACACAGAUUUUUGGUUCUUUUUCUAAUUUCGUUUCAGAAAACCAGUGACAUAGAUCUAUGUAAUGUUAUAAUAUAUUACGUAUAAACCGCUCAUUGGCCAAAUCGACUAACUCCAUUUUUCGAAUUUUUAAAGCGUUCUAUUGGCUCUCAACUUUUUAUAUUUAAAAAAAUGUCAUGAUUAAAGCGGUAUCUGUAGUAAUAAAGUAAAACCCAUUCCACAAUGAUUAUUUAGUUUUAUAUUUAAAGGGAAAAUUUCAAAAUCAAUAUAUAACUAUACUAAAAGGCGGAUUAAAAUGACCCAUUCCUGAUUUCUUCAUUUUGCAAUCAUUAAAAAGGUAACAAAUGUUUCU